UACCUGCAGAUGAAAUGGCCUCUACUGGAUGUCCCUGGAGCUGCUGGACUCAAAGACUCCCGCUCCCCCACCCCAGGACACCUGGUGAGUACACCAUACCAUCCAUCCAUCUAUCUAUCCAUCCACUGGGUCUAGUCACAGCUCACAGCACCCUACACUACACUACAUCAUUACACAACAGUCAUCUAGUCAUUCCAUACCAUGCCAGUCCAAUACAUAAUUUAUCAUUAAUUAUCAUAUAAUUUAAGUUCACGUCUGGCCAGUUCAUAUGCCUUUCCGUAGAUAAGUCGUCUGUGAUUAAUGUUUUGGCACAGCCUCUUUUGUCCACCUCUUGACCUGCAGGACCUUGCAGGACCUGCUGGGCCUGUUACACCUCACAUGGAACCGUGUUUUCGUGAUAACACUAGAUAAACAGCACUAGGGAUCAACAUACCAUGAAGUGUGGAGAGAAUGUAGAACAGCGUAUCGUGCCUUAGAUCAUAUCUUGCUGAUCUGGGGUUAGGAAAGUGAUCUGUAGAUGUGCUCAGAGAACCACCCUCAGUCACCACGCUGUGAGAAAAUAACCACAGUGACUCAGCCUGUGACCUCAGUAAUCCUGGCUAGACGGGUCUGUUUUAGUUUGUGGUGUGAUCUCAUAAACGCAAUGAUGCACUUGACAAAGUCCUCAUUGAGUGGUGUCAAUGGGAAGCUGUUGUCAGUGGGAACAGUGCUGGCCUUGCCCUGGGGAAUCCAGAGCUGCUCUGUGGCUGACUUCACUCUCAAUUGGAAGCCAAUUAAAUAUAUUUUAUUACAAUAAGUGCUGACCUGUCGGUGACUCUCUGAGCAUGGCUCGUUUGUUUUGUUCCUGCCAAUGGAUUUUAUUUUAUUUACUUAAUAUAUAACAUUAUGAAAUGCAAGGGCUUGCAUUAUGGGACAGCAAAACAUCUGAAUAAGUAGCAGAGUAAUAGCAAGUGAAUCAGGAGGAAUUGAAAGGGGAUAUUGAAGACUUGACGUGGACACUGAGGUCUUUGGCUUGGUUCCAUGCUGCCCUGCCUUGGCUGAAAAUUCCGGAUUUGUCUCUUGCAGCGAGCUUUCUAUAUCUGUGCGACCUUCAUCUUUAUUGAACGUCUAUUGAACCAGGAAGGUCAAUAGAGAGAGACUUAUUGUGGACUUUGCCAUUCAGACGUGAGGGUUUUACUGUAGCAAAUUUUGAAGGAGAAUAUUUGACUUACUUAUUUUAAUUGCCUAACUUUAGAUUUGGUAGUGGACAGUUUGCUUGUUCCCAUCAUAAGUCACUGUCUCCUUUCUCUUUUUAUAUUUUCUUCCCCUUCAGCUAAAUCUCUUCUGGCAACAGAGUAUCAGGUCAUGUGAACUAGAAGAGGAAGUAGCCAUGGUAGAUCAGGUGAUCUGAGACAAAGGGUCAUCAGAUGUGUGAGCAGAAGCAUCCUCUGAUACAGAGGGAGUGUAGCCUCGUAGCAUGGGCCACUGGGGAUUCAGACUGAAACACCCCACUGUGCCCUUACUCCCACCACACACACACACUCCACGGCCAUAAGCCCACAUGCCCUUCUGGUGAGCUGCUGCCAGGGAGCCAGGCUGAUUAUGUGCUCAUUACCCCAGUAGCAGAGAGGGGGAGCAGGAGGCAGGCUCCCCAGGCCUGCAGAGCCCCAGCACUGCACUAAUGAGAGCAAAGGGAGCGGAUGGGAACCUACAGAGGUACACGGGGGUCCAGGGAUUACUGCCCAGGGGCCAGGGCCAACACCAGCCAGAGGGACCUGAGGAGAGGGAGCCGGGGGACAGCAGCAGGGCUUCCAUCAACCACAAUCUUUAUGUAUUCCUGCUCUCUUCUGCAAGGACUCAUUACAUGUCAUAAUUGUAUAUUCAUGAUGGCUGGCGUGGAGACAACGUUUUUCUCUGAUAUUGAUUAUGUGCGACUCCUGGGGGUGACCCUCAAGUAUGCACGUACGCAUGUACCUUCAGAAUCUUCAAUUGUUCAUGCACAUAUGACCCUUUUAUUGAUUACUUAUCUGCCCUAGAAUGUGUUUGUAGAAAGGCCUUCUCCCCCCUUAGUGUAUUUGCUGAUGAAUAAGUCAUUUAGCAGCAGCUCUACAGCAGUAAUGAGAUGAUGAUGAUGCCAUCGCUGAUGAUCAGAUUCCUGGUGACUCAGAUCAUCAAGUGUCCCUCACGGUGCCUGGCCUGCAGCAGACAACAAUGUGCAUUGUAAUGAAUGAUGGAGCUGGUCUCACUAGGGCUCCUCUCAUUGUGUUAGUGGACCAGGAGCGAGAGGAGGCUUUGAAAAAGAUAUGAAACCCUUGUGUGGAUAUGAAAAGCCCAGGGAACGGGGAAGUCUGUCCUGUAGCUGCUGUGCAGAUUGGGUCCAUAAGGCCUGUAUGCUAAUCGGAGCCUGCUCUGGCCGAGAUCCUCAAUUAUUCACGAGACAGGUUUGUUUAGCAUUCAGUUGGUAUUGCUUUUGGUAGUAUUGGAGGGGGGGGCUACCUCUUCAUUCAAUAUACAUCAAAGGCAAUGCAGGGCCAGGUGAUGUAUUGUGGGAGUCAGCCUCAGCCUUGUCACUCCACCAGUAGUGUCCGGCCUUGCUGGACCGGACUGGACAGGGAGAGAGAGCUGUCUGCCAUCUGGCUCCUGUGCAUUUGCACAGCAGCAAUAACGCACUCCUCAAACUUGAGUAAUGCAGCCCGAUCAUCACCAUGGUGAUCACGCUGUCAAUACCGCUCCUUCAGGUCAUUCUACCAUUCCUACUGGUUGGUCCAUGUUAGACUGUUCGACAUGUGGCACUCCAGUCUCCUUUUCACCUCAUUUAACACCUUAUUUACUUAACAAAAGGUACAUCUCAAUAGGUGGUCAAGGUAAGUCAUGACAUGACACAAGUAGGGUGGGCCUUUCCACUUUUGUUCUCUAUUGUUCCUCAAGCAAGGGGGAGUCUGAUGACAUCACAUUUGACCACCAGACCAACUCCUUGAAUGCCCUACUCCUUGAAGUUCGCAGUUGUCUAAAAAACACUACUUUGCAAAAAACAUAUAUUUUUUUACAUUUUUUGUGUGUGUACCAGGGUAGAAAAGCCAAUUUAAAUAAAAUUGGCGCUGGCCAAUUGUCCGGGAGAAGAAGAAAAAAUCCCAUUAUGAAGUAAUGCUUUUUAGCCUAUUCAUUGAUGGAAAUACCAGUCUAUGGAAAUACAUUUGACUGGUCAUGCUUAUCGGUUUAUAGGUUAAUUUGCAUAAUUUUGUGGAAUUAAAUAGUCAAGUGUGUAGUCUACAGUUUAUUCAUCAAGUAUCUUAUUUAUCACACACGUACAGCAUACAGAUACAGAGCAUUUGAGCGGAAAAUCAGUCAGACAGCGGAGAGCUGCUGCUGCUGCAGCUUCUCAAAUGCAAGGGAAGGCAGGCUUCAUCAGCGCGUCACACACCACUUUGAGCUGGAGGCAGUAUGCAUUUUGAAAACAUACUUAAUUGUUUGAAACCUGAAUGUUUUAACACAUUAUGAGGCAUCUUACUUUGCUUCAAAGUAGGCUUCUAGAACUCCUCUCUUUCUAAAUUCUAGCGGAUAUUUUAAUCUCUGUCACAUGAAACCGCUCGCAUGCAGUACCCUUUUGACAAUGGUGUUUUCCCGCUAAUUGCAUUAUGGAACGAACAUUCACGUGUAGCCUACUGCCUUGUGUGCAUUGCUGCGCUUAUAAAGUGAAGAAAUAGUAGUUUAUCAAAAUUGUAAGCUAAACGUUCUGAUCUGUUUCAUUCGACGCAUUGCUUUAAAAAAGAAAAAUGGUUGUAUGAAUUUGGGAUCCAUCUUCCCACAACUGUCCCAGAGUCUGUUUUGGAUUAGGAUAUUUAUUUAUGGACAAGCUGACCAUAUAGAAUAGGUUAACUUUUCUACUAUGGGUGAGAGUAGAUUGACAUAGGCUAGUGAUUUUGCUGUUCGUUACUGGUCUUGUAGGCUGAGGAAAAGUAAAUGUGGACAGUUAUUCUAAACAUCUUCAAAGUGCUCAUCAAAAUUCAGUAAGAAGUUCCGCACAUCAUUGCAUCCUGGACUUGCAUGUUCUGUUAAUAUGAUUUACCAAAAUCAAAAUGUGAUUUCUGUCAUUCCUGCCCUAAUCAGGUUACGCCACAUUUUCCUAAUGGAAACCCUGGGGUGUACUUUACUGUACUUAUACACUACAUGACCAAAAGUAUGUGGACACCUGCUCUUCGAACAUCUCAUUUUCCCCCUUUGCUGCUACAACAUCCUCCACUCUUCUGGGAAGGCUUUCCACUAUAUGUAGGAACAUUGUUGCGGGGAAUUGCUUCCAAUCAGCCACAAGCAUUAGUGAGGUCUGGCACUGAUGUUGGGUGAUUAGGCAGUUGGCGUUCCAAUUCUUCCCAAAGGUGUUCGAUGGGGUUGAGGUCAGGGCUCUGUGCAGGCCAGUCAAGUUCUUCCACACCGAUCUCGACAAACCAUUUUUGUAUGGACCUCGCUUUGUGCACAGGGGUACUGUCAUGCUGAAACAGGAAAUGGCCUUCCCCAAACUGUUGCCACAAAGUUGGAAGUACAGAAUUGUUUAGAAUGUCAUUGUAUGCUGUAGCGUUACGAUUUGCCUUCACUGGAACUAAGGGGCCUAGCCCGAAGCAUGAAAAACAGCCCCAGAUCAUUAUUCCUCCUGCACCAAACUUUACAGUUGGCACUAUGCAUUGGAGCAGGUAGCAUUUUCCUGGCAUCCGCCAAACCCAGAUUAGUCCGUCGGACUGCCAGAUGGUGAAGCAGUUUCCACUGCUCCAGAGUCCAAUGGCGGCGAGCUUUACACCACUCCAGCCGAUGCUUGGCAUUGCGCAUUGUGACCGUAGGCUUCUGUGCGGCUGCUCGGCCAUGGAAACCCAUUUCAUGAAGCUCCCGACGAACAGUUAUUGUGCUGACGUUGCUUCCAGAGUCAGUUUAGAACUUGGUAGUGAGUGUUGCAUGUUGAAAGUCACUGAGCUCUUCAGUAAGGCCAUUCUACUGACAAUGUUUGUCUAUGGAGAUUGCAUGGCAGUGUGCUCGAUUUUAUACACAGGUGUGGCUGAAAUAGCCAAAUCCACUAAUUUGAAGGGGUGUCCACAUACUUUUUACUAGCAAAAGUUAAAACAUCAAUGGAGGACGUUUACGGGGAAUGUGACUAAUGAGAUCUGAUAGUCCUGACUUCAGUGUUUGUCCGCCCAGUCCAGUCAUCAGAUCAUCAGGACUCACAGCUCAAAUAUGGCCUCCUGCUCUGAAUUUGAAAAGUUUACCUAUUCUAUAUGGUCAGCUUGUCGAGAAAUAAAUAUCCUAAUCUUGUGUUUCAAUACCCCAUUACAGAGCAAUCAUGUUGACAACAGGAGCGUUGGUCUUGGUCACUAUGUGUCAGCAGCUUGUCAUAACUCACUUACAGCAGGAUGGAGGUCACCAGAUUGCUUGUUAAGUGAAUCGAAGUGGUAAGAGCUCAGCAUUGACAUGGGUGUGCUUCCAAAGAUGGCUUGUCCAUGGAGUGUCCGUUGAUAUUUUCGGCACAUUAGACUGAAUAGCAGUUUUUUGUAAAGACGUCGAAUGAGAAUGGUACAGGUUGGGUUUGCAAAGCUACUUUCUACUAGCUUGCGGUCAAAAAUUGUUUGACUGUGUGUGCUCUGAGAUUUGCCAGUGUUGGAUUACGCAUGAAACAACCAGAGUCCAUCAUGAAAUCAAAGGCUUUGGAAAGCCUGAACUGAAUACUGAUGGGAAGGCUGCAGUCCUUCCAUGGCUCUGCAAAAACACUGCUUUUAUAGACAUACACUGGACUCAGUACCUCAGUGAAAGUCAAAUAUAGGAACCAGGUCCCAACAUCCAUGUACACAGCCAUCUGAAAACAAGAAGGUACACUUUCAAAAUCGGCUCCUUGGGCUAUUUGAUUAAUCAGUGGUGAAUAAUUAUUCUCUACAUACUUUUUUAGUAAUUUCUUCAUGUUUGUAGGUUUCCAGUUCCACAGACACAAAUUCAUAAAAACAAAAUUUAGCUUUUUGGUCUUAAUUGAAGGAUAUGGUUAGGCAUAAGGUUAGCAGUGUGGUUAAGUUUAGGAUUAAGGUUAGGGUUAGGUUUGAAAUCACAUUUUUAAGAAGAUAAAUUGAAGAAAUAGGCUGAAUUUAUGACUUUGUGGCUGUAGUAACUAGUGGCUACUAUGUUUGUGUCAAUGCUUGCCCUCUCAGUUCCUCAUGUGACCUAGGUGAAACCCUAAAUUAUUUAUUGGUGUCUAGCAACUGCAACGUGACACGGCCAUUUUGUUAACCUUAAAUGUAAUUGCCAUUGACCCUUUGAGUUGGGAUGACUGGUCAGACGCAGCUUGUCUGUGAUGAAUGUCAUAGUUCUUGGUGGGCAUGUUCUAAAAGCGACUGUGUCAUGUCCCUUUCCUGUUGGCAUUGAAAAACAAGGCUUGGAUUUCUCAACAUGCCAUGCAUUCUUUUCACUCUUUCUUUCCUGGAGUUUUGAAAGGCUUCUGAGCCUCCCACCCAGAAGUGAUCGCGUAGCAGAAAGGCACACACAAAGCUCUGGGGUUAUUCAGUUUGUUCUGAGCACUCUUCCCCAUCGGCUGUUUGCCUAGUAAUUCAAUUCAGAUGUGCAGGAUCCAAAAACAUGUUUAUUUGAAUGAAAUCUACCCCUCCACCCACAUUGACCAAGGACUGUGCUUUUCUUAGCAGUGUUCCAAGUUUAACGGCUCAGUGAGGUACUGCCACCUUGGACUCUUUCGCCUCAAACCGCUUAACAGACAGCCACCUUGUCUCUUCACUGGCUCAGCAACUUUUUGCUAUUUUUCAUCUUCCUGUUACCGUGUCAACUCGAAUCUAAUAUCAUUCCUCAGUGUUGCCACACGUCAGUUGUGAAGGCAUUGUUCUUUGUUACAGGGACUGGGCAGUUUAACUAGCUGGCAGGUCUAUGUAGAGAGCAUGAUGUCUGUGUGCCAAUGCAGGUCCCAUCUGGCUCCAGAUUGCUCUUUCUAUGUCCUGGCCGUCACGUAGAUUUUGUUUAUAUUUCAAACACAGCUCAUGUUCCAUGUGGUUUCCUUAUUACACAUUGCCCAUGGAUCAUGAAACCAAGCAUGUGAGGCUGUGAUGGGUAGGAGGGUUAUUAGAGGCUGAAUUGAGGUAUUGAUGGGCUGGGGAGUUGCUUCUUCUUUUAUUUAGAACCAUGAUUAAGUAGGCGUUCUUCACAUUUACACGUUAAGACCACUUGUUGUUGUGAGAUUCAUUUUUCAUGUUUGCUAACUGGUAACUACUGUUGAACUGCUUUCCAGCUGAAAGUUCAAUGUGAGAAUGAAGAACUGUAAUACCAUUGCCUUUGUGUUUAUUUAAUUGUAACUACUCGCAAUAUUCUGAUCUAGAGGAAGGGACUUGCUUAUUGCUUUUCAGUCAGCACCUAAUAACCCAGUAGAAGUUGAUGAGGUAACCAUCUAUGUACCUAAAGGUAGACCACAGAGGGACCUCUUCUCUGAAGAUGGUUUAAGCAGGUAGGCCGUUGGCCAAAAUGCUUUUGCAUGUGGACAGCCCACGUCUACAUAUUUCUGUUCCGUACAUUAUUUGGCUUGCUUUAAUCGUAUGCAGACUGAUCCUUCAUGUUGAAACUGGCGCUGUUAAACUUUAAACUAUGUUCUGAGCGAACACAUGAUUGGUGUAUUCCAAAGUGUGAAUUAUUAAUGGCGAUCAUUUCCAAUUCUCACUGAAGUGCUUCCCAAAAAUGUGUUGGCACUCAGGUCUAGAGGUCUCAAACAGCAUCCACAAUAUAUGGAAAAUUCACUCACAUUGUACAUGAAGUAGAACAACAAAGAAUGCCUGAAGUAUACAUGACAUUUGGGCUUUGGGUUUUCUACAUUAUGCAUAAAUGCUUUAUGCAACCAUCAGUGUUUUCUCUAGUUUUUGUUUUAGCAGCGGUGGCAACGGUCGCGGAAAGGGGGGGAUACCCAUUGACUUCCAGUCAUUGCGCUAAUGCUAAUUAGCAACUUCCUUCAAACUGUAAGCAGAGACAUAAGAAUGGUAUCCACGAGUUCAUCUGACUCUGGAGAAGUAGAUAAAGGGCCUAUAUAUAUAUAUACACACACACACACACACACACACACACACACACACACACACACACACACACACACACACACACACACACACACACACACACACACACACACACACACACACUCUGAGUGAGUAUAUCAAACAUUAGGAAUACCUUCCUAAUAUUGAGUUGCAUCCUCCACUUUGGCCCUCAGAACAGCCUCAAUUCAUUGGGGGCAUGGACUCUACAAGAUGUCGAAAGCGUUCCACAGUAAUGCUGGCCCAUGUUGACUCCAACGCUUCCCACAGUUCUGUCAAGUUGGCUGGAUGUCCUUUGGGUGGUGGACCAUUCUUGAUACACACGGAAAACUGUUGAGCGUGAAAAACCCAGCAGCUUUGCAGUUCUUGACACAAACCAGUGUGCCUGGCACCUACUACCAUACCCCGUUCAAAGGCACUUAAAUCUUUUGUCAUGCCCAUUCACCCUCUGAAUGGCACACAUAUACAAUCCAUGUCUCAAUUGUCUCAAGGCUUAGAAAUCCUUCUUUAGCCUGUCUCCUCCCCUUCAUCUACACUGAUUUAAGUGGAUUUAACAAGUGACAUCAAUAAGGGAUCAUAGCUUUCACCUGGAUUCUCUUGGUCAGUCUAUGUUAUGGAAUGAGCAGGUGUUGUUAAUGUUUUGUAUACUCUGUGUGUGUGUGUGUGUGUGUGUGUGUGUAUGUGAAUGUAUAUGUAUAUGUAUAUAUAAACAUCAUAUAACAUCAUAUAAUAUGAAAGCUUUAUCCAUGUAUUGUGUGCUUAUCGUUAAUUUACACCUAAUGUGCACUUUGAAUGUACUUUACCUUUUACAAGGCGUUAAUCAUUUUAAGUAACUUAUCUCGCUUUGCAUCUGCAAUUUCCUCAUCACAACUGGCAUUAGUGAAAUCAAAGCAGGCUUUGGAAGCAGGAGAAACACGUUCGCUAACACUUGGAAAGGUUGGAACUGCUUUAAACAAUUCUAAGCAGUGUGAAGUAAGAGAGCGUACAGUCGUCUCAAUGCAAACCUUGUUCCCUCCUGGACCUCGUUGGAUAGAUGAGAGGUUGAGAAGGGGGUGGGGAGGGAUACUGAAGAAAGGUUAGGUUUUAGGAACAAGACUCCUUUCUCCCCCCCCCCCCCCCCUAUCCCUGGUCCUCCCAUGUGACGAGUUGGGCCAACAAGCGUUUCAUUGAGCAGGGCAGCCAGAGGAAAUAACUGUGAGGCCGAACGCUGCCUAAUGAAAGAGAUGCUGGUUAUUAUUACCAUCAUCGUCCUCCUGGCUGUCCUGGCCAGCUCCACUAGCUAGCUGCACUACAGUUAGGGGAUAUGGAGUUUCUCUGCCACCACACAGCUCUAUUAAAAUAGCUGAAAUAACAAUGAGGCUGCUCCAACAAAAUCAAAGUUCUUUAACUUCUUGAAGUGUAUGUAUAACCCACCUCCCAUUGUGAUUGGUGCUGUAUUGUGAGUGCUUUGAGUGUAUAGGAUUUGAUUCCCUUAGACCAGAUCGAUAGAUCUAGUACCAGUGUACUCAAACCAUAUCAAUGAGAACCUAAAAACACUGUUCAGGGUUAAUGUCAUCCUACAUGGAUCAAUGAAGAACUGAAUAGUGUGUGGGUGAGUUAGCGGUGUGAGAUAAGGGAUUAGCCAUGUGUAUGGGCACUGAGCUACCUACGGUACUGGGGGCUUGUGUUGGUGUGACUUUUGGAUCUUGGGCCCUGUUGUUUUGCCUGUUGGGCUGAACAAACAGUUCUCUCCUCCACUAAAUGGCCGUAAUGGUGUUGGUAUGCAUCCGCAGACUUUCACUGUGUCUUGGUGGGGAUCCAGAUUGCAUCAUAGGGCCUGUCACACACACAGCCACAGCCUGUAUUGUUUACCAGGGAGGGCGGCCGGCAGGCAGGCAGACAGGCAGACAGGCAGCAUUCUCAGGCAUAGGGGCUAACCCUCACCUUUACACACAUGACUCAGUGACACAGUGACUACCAACAACAAACAUCAUGACCUUCAUGCCAACUGAGUCCAUGGUGGAUUUGGAACACAGUUUGCAUUAGGAUGCAGAGGGAUAUACAUGUUGGUCAGUGUCAUACAUGUCAAGCAUCAGGCACAACAAAUGUCAGACUGUGUUAUGAAUGAGCCUGUUUCGGUGUGAGUCUUUGGAGACCGAGGGAGACUAUUAAACCCCUGGUCUAUCCAGUCCUCUCUCUCUGGUGUCUAAAGCCCCUCUGUGUGUUCCUCUUGUCUUUCCUACAGUCCAACAAGGUCCCAGUGGUGCAGCAUGCUCACCACGUCCACCCGCUGACCCCCCUCAUCACCUACAGCAACGAACACUUCUCCCCCGGAACCCCUCCCUCACACCUCUCCCCGGAGAUCCUUGACCCAAAGACCGGUACACACAUACACACACAACCUCAUAGAAUAUCAUGUUGCUGCCUAGAACAGCUCCUAAUCCAAAGCAUUACAUGGCUUGUAUUAAACUUAAACUGCAGUAUAUCUAUUAAUUUCUUAGAGAAAUUGACCUAGUCUGUGACUUAAAAUUACCUAAAUGCUUAAACUGUCCCCUCUGUGUUCCCUUCAGGCAUUCCUCGGACUCCCCAUCCAUCAGAGCUCUCUCCAUACUACCCCCUGUCUCCAGGUGCAGUGGGACAGAUCCCUCACCCUCUGGGCUGGCUGGUACCACAGUGAGUAACACACAGCAUUAAAUAGAACAGUAUUAUAUACAUGUUUAUGCACCCUCCUCCCCAGAUUUCAUAUGAACACAUCAUAAGCCAUGGCAAAAAAUUUAAAAUGACAGGAAAUAGAAAGAAAACGCUAAAUUUUCUCUCAGCCUCAUGGCAAAAUGUGUAGAAUAGCAGGAAAUUAGCUAUAAAACAGCACAUUUUCCUCUCUGUCCCAUGGCAAUAUGCCAUGUAUCUGUGGAGUAACCCACAUCCUUCUAACUCAUAGACAUGGAGAAUAGUUGUUUGGUUGAUGUGCAUUUAUCUAACAGUCCUAACAUGAUAUAGUAUAUGAGAAACAUUGAAUACGAUAUAUUAUGUACAGUAUUUCUCAAACCUUGCAGUAAAGGAUGUUCUGAUGUAAUUUUGAUAAUAAAACACUGACAUAUUUGAGAUAUUUAUGAUAAAUUCUUCACAUUCUAUGGGUUUUGCUAUGGGUCUUGUUACCAAUUUGAACGGUGCUUUUCUGCAAGCAGGGGAUUGCAGUUGAGUGCUGGAUUAGUGCUGGUGCGUUAUCUGUCAGCUGUGUCUGAUCCUCUUCUCACUGGUGCCUUCCUCUACUCCUCUGGUUCUCAGGCAGGGCCAGCACAUGUACUCUAUCCCCCCGGGGGGGUUCCGGCACCCCUAUCCCACCCUCGCAAUGAAUGCAUCCAUGUCCAGGUCAGUGGAUCUCUUUGAUCUUUGUCACCCAGUCUCAGCUAUGCCCACCAACCCCUAACCAUCCCUAAAAAGAGAUAUUCAAUAUCUUGUGGUUGUAUUACAUUCUGUAGUCAUGUUUAUGAUGUUCUCAUUGCUGGUUUAUAACAGUCUUAGGACAGGGUUAUUCAACCAUGGACACUCAGUGGGCUAGGGACUACAAAGGAAUAUGGGUGCUAAGUCUUCUAAAAAUGAGCUCAGCCUUCCUUCCAAAGAGAAAGUGAACAGAUUAUUGUCAUUCAGAACCCUACCCUGUAGACAUCACUGUAUUUUCACUGUGAGCCAGGCCAGGCCAAUGUUAUGAGUUGAUCUGCUACACACACACAAAGAUGAAAGGUCUGAGAAUUGAUUAAGACAAAACAAAGCUCAUCUGAACCGACAACUCCCAUCUGAUUGAACUUUCUGCCCCACUGUCAAAAUUUGAAAGAUUUGUAGCGAGCCUUCCGGUGUUAGUAUGGGAUGAAAUAUUCAUCAGGGUCUCUGUAUGAUCAACAGUACUCUCAGCUGCUACCACAGUGUUACAAAGUUUGUCUUACUCUCCGUCCCACCUGAACAAGGCUUGUUCAGGUAAUACUUGACAGUUUUGUCAUAAAUAUAUCAUAAUACUGUAUGUAUAUGAUGUUCUACUUUUUAUUUUAUGUUUUACAUUUUCCUUUUCCUCAUCUAGUUUUUUAGCGGCUGCUGGGAUGGUAAUGGUGGAAGAGCCCCCUCUUUUAUGUAUGAUAUGAUAGUUUAAGUAGAAAGAUAUUGGAGAGAUUAAAGUUUAAACCCAAUUACUAAUGGUUUGUCCUCAAUUUGACUUGCUACUGUUAAGUAACUUUUUUUAUAGCAAGAAAAACGUCUGUACUCACUCACAUGAAGUACAAGGUUAUAGUGUAUUUUGGACUUUCAUGGACCGUAUCUGUCUUGUAAAUUUGACGAGAUUUUUAUGAAACAUUUAAGGAUUUUCCUUUCAUGUAUUAACAAGAACGUGUGGCAGAGGAGCAUGGAACUUAAUUUCCCCCUUUGUCUAUGUACAAUGUACCAUUGUGUUAGCUGUCAGAAAAUGAGAGUUGUGCUAUCUGAAGGUGUUCUGUUCUGGUAUCUGUGGAAGAAAGACCCUGCAUGGUUUUGAACACGGGGAGGAAAGUGGUUUCAGGUGUCAUGUCCCCUCUGUCACCAUGGUUACCAUACACUCCACUUUUCUCCAGGCAUGGUCGGAUAAAGGGGCUUUUGAAAAAGCCUUUAUAUAAAAAUAUAUAUGUAGCUCAUUGUGGACAUUACUUUUGUCUAGACUCCAGACAAACAGUCAAAGCAGUUAAUGUUGACUUGACAGGUCAGACAGAAGGAGUGUGUAAAAAGUUUGUUGAAAGUUUGUUAACCGUUGGGGUUGUUUGUCUUUAUUGUUUCCAGCUUGGUGUCCAGCCGUUUCUCCCCCCACAUGAUGACCCACCACCCCCACGGCAUGCACCAGACUGGCAUCCCUCAUCCUGCUAUCGUAUCACCAGCCAUCAAGCAGGAGCCAAACACUCAUGACCACAUGAGCCCCUCUAUGCAUUCGUAAGGACCAAUAACUAACUGAGAUUCUUCACAUUUACUUAAAACCAAACAUAUAAACACUCUAUUUACUCUUAUUAAAAUUGGUUGUUGACUGACUUUCCCGUCUCUUCAUAAUUCCAUUUAGAGGGCCAGGAUUCUAGAGCAUCCUGUUUCUUUGUAAGAAGUCAGCCAGGUCUUCUGGAAGGGAAUCGGACCUCAUACACAAGGAGGACUAUUUUAAGUGACAUUUGCAAUGUGUGUUUUGUUGUCUCAGCAGGAAGUCUCCUGGCCCGGCGAAGAAGGAGGAGGACAAAAAGCCCCACAUCAAGAAGCCUCUGAAUGCCUUCAUGCUGUACAUGAAGGAGAUGAGGGCCAAGGUGGUGGCUGAGUGCACCCUAAAGGAGAGCGCUGCCAUCAACCAGAUACUGGGCCGAAGAGUGAGCACAGCACAACACAACACAGCACUGCCUGAUCACACAAACACACACCACAGUUUUGUAGGUGUGUUUGUGUGUGUGUAAAUUCUGUACAUGCUUUGACCAGUUCUCUGACUUUUGUCAUGUUUGUGUUCACAGUGGCACUCACUUUCGAGAGAAGAGCAAGCCAAAUACUAUGAGCUGGCAAGGAAAGAGCGGCAACUCCACUCCCAACUCUACCCAGGCUGGUCAGCACGAGAUAACUAUGUGAGUAGGACAUUUUCCCAUGGAUCUUUCAACAAUGAGGGAAAUGUGGGUUACGUAAGCGCCUCAUAUCCAGUUGGUAAAAAAAUUAUUCCAUAUAUACUGUAUUUCUAAUGAUCUACUAGACUUUUGUUCUCAUACACUAAAGUUGUUUGAUGUAGUGUUGAAGCAUGUUGCUUUCAUUUUGAUAGUAACCCGUUUUUUCUGACUACAUUGUUUUGUUUAUCUGUGCAGGGAAAGCGGAAAAAGAGGAAGAGAGAUAAUAAGCCAGACUCAACACCAGAGGGUAAGGGGCCCUUUUCUCUGUUCUUCUUGGACCUUUCCUCUCUAUUUAGGGCAGAAAGAACUCCAUCUAUAGGCCUGUGUGAAAUAGUGCCUCUAGCUACACUUGGCUUGCCACUAACUCCUUCUAACUAACUCCUCUCUUCCCUCUAUACUUUGACAAGCAGCAUAUGAAGUUCAGUGCUAAUAGUGACGUUGUGGCAGGUAUGUCUGCUGUUAUGAACCAGUAAGGCUGAACUGCAGGCCACUGCUCUCCACUCCACCUGCAGUGGUCUGGUCUGUUGCAGCACAGCACUCAAACCUCAUUUACAUGCAGGCAUUUAAUGUGUUAUCGACUUUGUUUAUAUGAUCACAUACUUUUUUUUCCACCCGAUCGUUUAAGUUUCUAAAAACAUAUGCCAUUUAGUUGUGCAUUUCACCCCUUUCGGUAGUGUUCUUUUUGAAGUAUAAAAAAAUAAAUAAACAUUAUUUCGAAGUUCAUUUGUUUGUCCCAGACCUUUUGGUUUUCCAUGUUCUGUACAUUGUCUGUGAAUGUUUUGUAUUUUUGGCCAGCUAUCAUGUAUGCAAGGGAACUGGCACUGUUGAAGGACUUGUAACAGAUUAUAGGCUUAUUUAACAGCAAUAUUGACAAAGCCCCCUCCUUUUGUUUCCCCAGACUUCUCAAUCAGUAACAAGAAGCAGUGUGUGCAAUACCUGCCCUCAGAGAAGAUGUGUGACAGCCCUGCCUCGUCUCACGGCAGCAUGCUGGAUUCUCCAGCCACACCCUCUGCAGCUCUGGCCUCCCCGGCCGCGCCCGCCGCCACACACUCAGAGCAAGCCCAGCCCUUGUCCCUCACCACCAAACCAGAAGGACGCCUGCACCACCAUUUCCUAACUGGCAAACCCUCUGGAUCUGCUUCGUCUUCAUCAUCUUCAUCAUCUUCUUCCUCCUCUUCCCACCCAAGCAUCUCCAUCCCUAUUGGUACUUCAGGCAGCCACUCCACACCCAUUCUCUCUCGGCCAAUCCCCUUCAACUCUCUGCACCACUCAAUGCUCUCCCCGCCCUCUCCUUUCCAUCAAGCAGCCCUACAUUCCCAUCAUGCCCUCUUCCAGUCGCAGCCCCUCUCCUUGGUAACCAAAUCGUCUGACUAAAUCUACAAAAGCAAUUCUUUUUUUUUUUGUAUCUUUUAUUGUGCUGUAUAUUGCUUUUACUUUUCAAAAAGUAGAUAUUAGAACACAUUUUUUUUAAAUGAUGAAAAGGAAUAAAUAUUAUUGGUCAAUAUUUGAUCCCCUCCUUUUCUACUCCUCUCAAUGAAACUAAAUGUAUUUUUUGUAAAGUUUACUGCAGAACUGGUUUCUUUGUUUGAUGCAUUUAUCCAAUGAACUACUUGUAUAAAAGAAAAGAAAGAAAAGGAACAAAAAACUCCCUCUCCUUUUAGCCGAAACAUGAUUAAUGUUAGUAUUGAGUUUGAUUUAUAGUUCUGGACAAUCAUUUCAGUCCUUGCAACUACCCCUUUUCAAUUCCCAAGUGUGUGACCUUUUGUGACAUGUUAAAUAAACCUUUGAGAUUUGUUUUUUAGACA